GUGGGAUGGAUUUCAAACUUGAGCACAACGUGAUGAAUCACCAGUCUGAGCUCCUUCACUCCUCCACCAUGCGCACGGAGCCCAGCUCUCCCUCCGCAACCAAAGUCACAGAUUAUGAAGACGCCACCGCCUUCCUGGGACAGUGGGGCCGCUUCCAGCAGACCGUCUUCUUCCUCCUCUGCAUCUGUGUCCUCCCCAAUGGAUUCCUGUCCCUGUCCUUCGUGUUCCUGGCGGACACGCCGGCUCACCGCUGCCUCCUGCCCGCUCACCUGAACCUCUCCGCGGCGUGGAGGAACAGCAGCGCCCCGCUGGAGGAGGAUGGGAGCGGCGCGGCGCUGGUGCCCAGCAGGUGCGCCAGGUACCAACUGGGCUCUGUGCUGGAUUACUCGGAGAGAGGCUUGCUGCCCGGAGCGGAUGUUAAUCUGUCCACCGUGCCGACAGAAGGCUGUCUGGAUGGAUGGGAGUAUGACCACAGCGAGUACUCCUCCACCAUCGUGUCUGAGUGGAACCUGGUGUGUGAUGACAGCUGGAAGAAGCCCCUCACCUCUUCCUUCUUCUUCUGUGGUGUUCUCGCUGGCUCCUUCAUUUCAGGACAGUUUUCUGACAGAUAUGGGAGAAAAAUAGUGCUGUUUAUCUCAAUAGCAUUACAACACAUCACUUCGUUCAUCUUGAUUUUCUCUCCAAACUGGACUGCUUUCUGUAUUUUGUAUUUCCUUCUUGGAUUGGAACAAAUUGCCACUUACGUGGUUGCAUUUGUGUUAGGAACUGAGAUAUUAGGUCUACGUGCCAGAACAACUUUCUCCACCGCUGGGGUGAGUCUGUCCUUUGCAGUGGGCUACAUGCUUCUGCCGCUGUUUGCGUUCAGCAUCAGAGGCUGGAGGAUGUUCCUCUUUGGCCUUACAGUGCCAGGCUGCUUCCGCAUGGCUUUCUGGUGGUUUAUCCCAGAGUCUCCUCGGUGGCUGCUUUCUCAGAGAAGAAUAAAAGAAGCCGAGGCCAUAAUCACAAACGCUGCGAAGAUGAACAACAUUGAGCCACCAGCAAUAAUCUUUAGUCCUUUACAGAAUGAAGUGAAGUCAAAGGACACAAGGGCCCACAGCAUCUGUGACCUGCUACGUUUCCCAAACAUCCGCUGGAUCUCUUUCACGCUGUGGCUGAUCUGGAACACCCUCACUAUUGGCUACUUUGCUCUGUCCCUGAACACGGGAAACCUCCAUGGAAACGCUUACUUCAACUGUUUCCUGUCAGCAUUGGUUGAGAUUCCAGCCUACGCUUUGUCAUGGGUUAUGUUUCGUUGGUGUUCCAGACGGCUCAGUCUGUCCUCAUCCCUCAUCACAGGAGGGGUGUUUUUGCUCAUCACACAGCUUGUACCAGCACACUUGUUUUUUCUGUCCACAACUUUUGAGAUGAUGGGGAAGUUUGCAGUGUCAACAGCAUUUGCUGUUGUGUACGCCUACACAGCAGAACUCUACCCAACUGUUCUGAGGAAUACAGCUGUUGGUGCCUGCUCCAUGGCCUCCAGAAUAGGCAGCAUAAUUGCACCAUAUUUCAUUUACUUAAGAACUUACUCCGUUUCGCUGCCCUACAUCCUGAUGGGAAGCCUCACAGCUCUGGCGGGGUUGCUGAGUCUCCUGCUGCCUGAGAGCUAUGGAAUGCCUCUGCCUGAAACCAUCAGUCACAUGCAACAGUUUCCUGGAUGUUGUCAAAAGUUGCCUUACACCACCAGGGAAGCAGAAGACGAGGAAAAGACUGAAGAAGCAUCUCUGGUCAGAAAGUUCAGCACUCAGACUUGAAACAAAUGACUCAGCUUACAGUUUGUGCACAUUUUGUUCAAAAUAGGGGGAAAAAGUUUAAAAAAUCUUUAGUGUUACAUUCAAUAUUUUGUCUAAAGCACGUCAGUGGGUCCAUGCACAGCAGUUGUAAAAGCUCCAAUCUUUCUGUUCAAAAUGCUCGUUGACUUUGCAGUGAGACCACUUUCUGCUGUUUUAACAAAAAUAUUGGAAUAUUUUGUGUCAACACCAUUCAGUACAUAGAAUAAGGUGGUUGUUAUGAGUAACGUUUAAACUUUAGGCUUUUGUAUCAAAUGUAAACCGUACAGAAUUUUAUACUUCAGUUUCAAAUGAAAAUGUUGGGCAUGUAUUGAUGAUUUAAAAUGAAAAGUGAAACAAUUCUUGAA